AAAUGUUUGACCAACAUUAAAUUAAGCACCUCCUCUUAAAAAUUAUAUACGAAAUUCAUGCAUAUAUAAGGACCAUCAUAACAAUUGAAGAAUACUGGAAGGAAUACAUAGAUAUAAACACUAAUUGAAUCAUAUCAAAAACAAGGUAACAAUUUAAAGUUGAGGCAGAAAAAUGGGAGAAAGAUGAAAAUCAACUCAGAAACAUGGAUUGCUAUAAAAGGAAGGAGCAGAAAGCCAUUUUCUCUAGGUAACUAGCUAAGAGCCAAGUACAACCAUCUUUAGUCUUUGGAUUUGGUUGUUGAGAUAUAUAGACAAGAUGAAUAAUGGAGUUGAUGAGGCAACAAUGUCGGCUUCAGAUGCAACACAGUGGAAUGAAAAUGAAAGCAAGAAGGGAGAAAAUAAUGAGACUAGUAACAAAGUCCCUUUCUACAAACUCUUUGCUUUUGCCGAUUCUACUGAUAAGGUAUUGAUGACCGUUGGCUCAAUUGGUGCUAUUGCAAAUGGUGUAGCUAUGCCCUUGAUGGCUAUCCUUGUUGGUGACUUAGUUGAUGCUUUUGGCCAAAAUCAGAAUACCAAGGAUGUCAUCCAUGUUGUAUCCAAGGUAUCUUUGAAUUUUGCUUACUUGGCCGUUGGAGCUUUAGUUGCUGCAUUUCUUCAAGUAGCUUGUUGGAUGGUUACUGGAGAAAGACAAGCAGCCAGAAUGAGGAAUUUGUACUUAAAAACUAUACUCAGACAAGACAUUGCCUUCUUUGACAAAGAAAUUACUACCGGAGAAGUAAUUGGUAGGAUGUCUGGCGACACAGUUCUGAUACAAGACGCCAUUGGGGAAAAGGUAGGGCAAUUUAUACAACUGAUAGCAACAUUCUUUGGAGGUUUUGUGGUUGCAUUCAUCAAAGGAUGGCUUCUUACUCUUGUUAUGCUGUCGGUAAUACCAUUUCUUGCAAGUGCGGGUGCAUUCAUGACCAUAAUAUUCUCAAAAAUGGCUACAAAGGGGCAAACUGCUUAUGCAAAGGCCGCGAUUGUUGUAGAGCAAACUAUAGGCUCAAUAAGAACUGUGGCCUCAUUUACAGGAGAGAAACAAGCUAUUGAAAAAUUCAAUAAAGCAAUUGCAAGUGCCUAUACUUCAGGUAUACAAGAAGGCGUUAUUACAGGGAUAGGACUAGGUGUCUUGACGUUUGUAAUCUUUAGCAGUUAUGCCUUAGCCAUUUGGUUCGGCUCAAGGAGGAUUCUCCAUGGAGAUUACACUGGUGGCGACGUCAUUAAUGUCAUUGUCGGCGUCAUUAUUGGUUCUAUGUCACUGGGGCAAGCAUCUCCCAACAUGACAGCGUUUGCAGCAGGCCAGGCAGCAGCAUACAAGAUGUUCGAGACCAUCACUCGAAAGCCAGAUAUUGACCCUUUUGAUCCCAAUGGGAAAGUACUAGAUGACAUUCAUGGAGAUACAGAGUUUAAAGAUGUUCAUUUUAGUUACCCAACAAGACCUGACGAGAAAAUAUUUAAUGGAUUUUCUCUCAGUAUCUCAAGUGGCACAACAGCGGCUUUAGUUGGGCAAAGUGGGAGUGGUAAAUCGACAGUGAUCAGUCUUAUAGAGAGAUUUUAUGAUCCACAAGCAGGUGAAGUUUUGAUUGAUGGAAUUAACAUAAAAGAAUAUCAGCUAAGAUGGAUUAGGCAAAAAAUUGGCUUAGUUAGUCAAGAGCCUGUGUUGUUUGGUUCGUCCAUCAAAGAGAACAUUGCAUAUGGGAAAGAUGGUGCCACAAUUGAAGAAAUAAGAGCAGCAACAGAGCUUGCAAAUGCUGCUAAGUUUAUCGAUAAAUUACCACAGGGACUGGAAACAUUGGUUGGUGAACAUGGAACACAACUGUCAGGAGGGCAGAAACAAAGGGUAGCCAUAGCAAGGGCCAUUCUGAAAGAUCCGCGGAUUUUACUUUUGGAUGAAGCUACAAGUGCACUUGAUGCAGAAUCAGAGAGGAUUGUGCAGGAAGCAUUAGAUAGGAUUAUGGUAAAUCGAACGACUAUUAUCGUAGCCCAUCGUUUGAGUACAGUAAGAAAUGCUGAUACGAUUGUUGUCAUUCAUCAAGGAAAAGUGGUUGAAAAAGGUAUGCACUCUGAAUUACUCAACAAUCCUGAGGGAGCGUACUCUCAACUAAUACGCUUACAAGAUAUGAAAAAAGAGUCGGAACAAGCAACUGAUGCAAGAGAAAUGUGGAGUCAAUCUAGUCAAAGAAGAUCAUCAUUAAGAUCUUUAAGCCAAGGAUCCUCAGGGAGGAUUAGUAGUGCUCACGACGACUCUUUCACAGCAGUGUCUGGACUAACAGCAGACCCCGAAGCAAACAUUGUAACUUCAUCACCUGUUGUAAAGCAAUCAGAAGUUUCUAUAAAGCGUUUGGCCUCGCUCAACAAGCCUGAAAUCCCAGUACUUGUAUUGGGAUGUCUAUCUGCAAUUGCUAGCGGCGCAGUAUUUCCAGUGUUCAGCAUAAUAUUCGCUAGUGCGAUUGAAAUGUUUUACAAGCCACAUGAUAUCUUGAGAAAGGACUCAAGGUUUUGGGCCCUUAUGUUCGUAGUAAUUGGCUUAGGAGCACUGAUAUCAUAUCCUGCUAGAACUUAUUUCUUUGCCGUAGCUGGUUGUAAGUUGAUACGAAGGAUAAGAACAUUAUGCUUCGAGAGAGUAGUGCACAUGGAAAUUGGUUGGUUUGAUGAGGCUGAGAAUUCAAGUGGUGCCAUAGGUGCAAGGCUAUCAGCUGAUGCUGCAACUGUGCGCUCUUUAGUUGGAGACGCGUUGGGCUUGCUUGUUCAAAAUAUUUCCUCUGCUUUAACGGGUUUGCUAAUCGCUUUCCUUUCAAACUGGAUUCUAUCAUUGAUUGUCCUUUUCUUAAUCCCUCUCAUUGGACUCAGUGGUUAUCUCCAAGUAAAGUUUAUGCAGGGAUUUAGUGCUGAUGCUAAGAAAAAGUAUGAGGAGGCUAGCCAAGUUGCUAAUGACGCAGUUGGGAGUAUUAGAACAGUUGCAUCUUUCUGUGCAGAGGAGAAGAUAAUUCGAUUAUAUGAAAAGAAAUGUGAAGCCCCUAUAAAAGCUGGUAUAAAGCGAGGAUUGAUUAGUGGGGCGGGUUUUGGGUUAGCCUUUGCUUUCCUAUUUGGUGUAUAUGGCAUUUGUUUUUACGCGGGAGCACAACUUGUUGGCCAUGGAAAAACAACAUUUCCUGAUGUUUUCAGAGUUUUCUUUGCACUUGCAAUGGCAGCAGUAGGAAUAUCGCAAACAAGCUCUUUGGCUCCGGAUACCAGCAAAGCCAAGAGUGCCACAGCUUCUGUAUUCGCGAUUCUUGAUCGCAAGUCUAAGAUAAACUCAAGUGAUGAAUCAGGGAUGAUAAUUGAUCAUGUCAAGGGUGAAAUUCAACUUCGACAUGUGAGCUUUACUUAUCCAACUAGGCCUGAAGUUCAGAUUUUUCAAGACCUGUGCCUGACAAUUCAUGCAGGAAAGACAGUAGCUAUUGUUGGAGAAAGUGGCAGCGGAAAAUCAACUGUCAUUUCCCUGUUGCAAAGAUUCUAUGAUCAUGAUUCUGGUUCUAUUACAUUAGACGAGAUUAAAAUUCAAAAGCUUCGAUUAAAGUGGUUAAGACAACAAAUGGGCCUCGUAAGCCAAGAACCUGUUCUGUUUAAUGAAACGAUAAGACUUAACAUUGCAUAUGGAAAUGGAGGCAAUGCAACUGAGGAUGAAAUUAUAACAGCUGCUAAGCUAGCAAAUGCUCACGAUUUCAUCAGUAGUUUGCAACAGGGCUAUGAUACUGUUGUGGGUGAAAGAGGAGUACAACUUUCUGGAGGCCAAAAGCAACGAGUUGCGAUUGCACGUGCCAUAGUGAAGAAUCCCAGAAUACUACUAUUGGAUGAAGCUACAAGCGCGCUUGAUGCUGAAUCAGAGAGGGUAGUGCAAGAUGCAUUAGAUCAAGUCAUGGUGAACCGUACUACUAUUGUUGUUGCUCAUAGAUUGUCCACCAUAAAGAAUGCUGACGCGAUUGCAGUGAUUAAAAAUGGUGUAGUUGCAGAGAAAGGGAAGCAUGAAAAUCUGAUUCGUAUUAAGGAUGGAAUUUAUGCUUCCUUGGUUGCACUUCAUAUAAGCGCUGCUUCCUAGUCUUCUAGGAGAAAAAAAAAAUUGUACAUAAUUUGUAUACAAUCAAACUAAGUUGAAAGACAAUAUAUAUGUUGAAACGUUGAACAAGCUAGAUGGUGUUGAGUGGCAUUCUCUUCAUCUAGAUACUAUAUAGUGUUAAUUUAUCAUUAACAGAAGUUGAAUAGUCGAUAUACAUGUCAUUAUUUUAAUAAAAGAAAAAAAUUUCAUAUGAACAA